GGAGCCUGGCCGGUCCCACCCCCAGCUACAACCCCUGGCAGGAAGAGCCUGUCGCUGGAGCAGCCGCAGAGAGGGACGGAGUUCGGGAGGGCGGGCGUCUGAGCGGUGGCGGGGAAGGGUUGAGCAGCCAUGCUCUUGUCUGGGGGUGACCCCCCGACUCAGGAAUGGUUCAUGGUGCAGACAAAAUCGAAGCCUCGGGUGCAGAGGCAGCGGCUGCAAGUGCAGCGCAUCUUCAGGGUCAAGCUGAACGCCUUCCAGAGCCGCCCCGACACCCCCUAUUUCUGGCUGCAACUUGAGGGGCCCCGGGAGAACACCGGCAAAGCCAAGGAGUACCUGAAGGGCCUGUGCAGCCCAGAGCUGUGGAAGGAGGUCCGCUACCCACCGCUGCUGCACUGCGCCUUCCUGGGGGCCCAGGGCCUCUUCCUGGACUGCCUCUGCUGGAGCACCCUGGCCUACCUGGUGCCUGGUCCCCCUGGCUCCCUGAUGGUGGGCGGGCUGACCGAGUCUUUCACCAUGACCCAGAAUUGGCUGGAGGAGCUGGUGGCACGGCUGCGCUGGGGCCCUGCCCCUCUGCUGACUCCUCGUGGUAUCUGGGAGGCUGAAGUGACCCGGGCCUUUGGGGCCCUGGUUUGGAUCCGUGGUGACCAGUAUGCGGGGGACCUCCUUCAGCUGCCUCCAGCAGUCCAGGAGCUGCUGCUGAGCCUGGUACGGGAUGCCGCAGGGAAGGAGGACAUCAUUGAGUGGCUCAGCCACUUUGGCAUCUCCAACACCCACUCCAACCAGGAGGUGCUGAUUUGCCCUCCUCAGCAAAAGAAGGAAGGCCUGGCCAUGGUGUCCAUGGGAGAGAGUCCUGGGUCCUUUCUGGAGAUGGGUACCCUGCAGAAAGGGGGCCUGGAAAGUCCAAAGAGAUUAACCAGCCUAGGAGCCACUGGGUCCCUGAUCCCAACCCAGAGCACACAACAGGAGACAGCAAACCAGCUGGUACGGGUCGGUUCCAGCAACCAAGGUGGUAAGGACCGUGCUCAAGAGGAGGGGCCGUUGCAAGCCAGCAGCAGCCGAGACUCUUCGAACCACUCACAAACCUUGUUACAGCAAAGACAGGUCCAGAGGGUGGAAGAUAAACUCCCCUUCCAGGCUCCUGUGUCAGCCCUGGGAGUGUGUCCAUCCUGGAAGGCCUGGGCCCCAGGGCCAGCCUUUGGUCCCUUGUGGCCUGGGGCUAUUGCUGCAACCUUCUGGAGGAUCAAUGAACUGCAUUCUCUCCACCUGGCUUGGCUUCUGUCCCAGGCGGGCUUCAAUUUCCCUUUCUGGCAGAGGCCAGUGGGCCCCAUUCAGCUGAAAUUGCCAGGGCAGAAUCCUUUGCCCUUAAAUCUGGAGUGGAAGCAGAAGGAGCUGACUCCUCUGCCCAGUGCAGAAAGCCCAGCUUGUAGACUGGAUGGGGAGCUGGGAGGAGAGACAGCCCUACGGAAUUUACCAAGGCCAGAGACCUCCCCUAAAAUCACAAGUUUAUUGGUGGUCCCAGCAGGCUCUGCUGUAAAGGACAAACUUAGUCCAGGACUUCCACAGAUAGGGCCACCUUUGACCUCUGCACCCCAACUACAAGCUAGAGGUGAGCUUGGGGAUCAAGGAAGUAUGCCGUUGGAUUGUAAGGGCCUAGAAAAGGGGCCCUCUCCAGCACUACCCUCAGAGCAAGGGAUGCUCACAGAGCAAGAGGUGCCCACAACUCAAGGGAGGCCCAUGGCUCAAGGUCAUCUGACAGCCCAGCUAGUACCUGAAGCUCAGACAGUGCCUGAAACUCUCAAAGUGCCCCUGGGUGCAGCAGUGCGCAAAGCUGAAAACCCACCCAUAAUCCAAGGACUGCCUACAGCUCCCAAAGUGCCUACUGCCCCACUGAUGCCGGCAGCACACACAGAGCCUGCAGCUCCCAAAGUGCCUUCGGGUCCAACAAAGCCAGCAGUUUCUGUGAUGCCCACCACUGAAAAAGCAGUCAUGGAUCAACCGGUAUCGGAAUCAGCAUUGACAGCUCAGGUGUUGUCUGCAACUCCAAAGACUCCCACAGCUCAGAAGAUGCCUGCAAUGAAAACAUCACCUGUAGGUCCCCAAACACCCAAAGCUCAAGCCAGGCCUGUGCCUAAAUCAGGGUCUACAGCUUCCAAAGCACCUGCAGCUCCCAAAACACCUGUGAUCCCCAAAGCACCUGCAACUUCUAAAGCCUCCAGAGCUUCCAAGAUGCCUGCACCCCAGAAAGUGCCCACAGAUGCAGGGCCCACGUUGGAUGUAGCCAAACUUCUGAGUGAGGUCCACCCUUCAUCAAGGGGUAGUAGAUCCUCACCAAAGGGCCAGGCGGCUGGAAGGCAGGGUCCCCAGCCCAACAGUACCCUAGCCCUCAGCAGCAAGCAUCCGUUCCUGAUGGAGGGGCUCCUGGGGGCUUGGGAAGGCACCCCAAGGCAGCCAUCUCGCCACCAACAGGCAAGCAACACAGUGACCAGCUUCCAGAGGUACCAUGAGGCCCUGAACACACCCUUUGAGUUGAAUUUGUCAGGGGAACCUGGAAACCAGGAGUUGCGACGAGUGGUUAUUGACGGCAGCAGCGUGGCCAUGGUGCAUGGCCUCCAGCACUUCUUCUCCUGCCGAGGCAUUGCCAUGGCAGUGCAGUAUUUCUGGAACCGGGGACACCGAGAAGUCACUGUAUUUGUGCCCACCUGGCAGCUGAAGAAGAACCGGAGGGUGAGAGAGAGCCACUUCCUGACGAAGCUCCAUUCACUCAAGAUGCUUUCAAUCACCCCUUCCCAGCUGGAGAAUGGCAAGAAGAUCACCACCUAUGAUUAUAGGUUCAUGGUAAAGCUGGCAGAAGAGACAGAUGGCAUCAUUGUCACCAAUGAGCAGAUUCACAUCCUGAUGAAUAAUUCCAAGAAACUGAUGGUCAAAAAUCGCCUUCUGCCCUUCACCUUUGCGGGGAAUCUCUUCAUGGUACCAGAUGAUCCAUUGGGCCGAGAUGGCCCUACUUUGGAUGAGUUUCUGAAGAAGCCAAACAGGUUGGACACAGACAUUGGCAACUUCCUGAAGGUGUGGAAGACCCUUCCUCCCAGCUCAGCCCGCAACUCUGAGCUGAGUGAUGAUGUUGACGCUGGGCCCCUGCAGGAGCCACAGAAUGUGGCAGAAGUCAGAGAGGAGAAGGAAGAACAGCAGGAAGAGGAGCCGAGGGAGGAGCAGGGGUGGCCAAAGCUGGAAGAGGAGGGGGACGACCUUGACUCUUCCCUGGCAUCAGUGUUCCGAGCCGAGUGCCCUUCCCUUUCGGAGGAAAUCCUCCGGUGCCUCAGUCUCCACGACCCCCCUGAUGGGGCCCUAGAUAUCGAUCUCCUGCCAGGUGUGGCCUCUCCCUACCUGGGCAUCCCCUGGGAUGGGGGGGCUCCCUGCCAGCAGGUCCUCACCCAGCUGGCCCAGCUAUCCAUCCCCAGCAACUUCACUGCGCUUUCCUUCUUUGUGGGGUUCAUGGAUUCCCAUCGGGAUGCCAUCCCUGACUAUGAAGCCCUGAUGGGCCCCCUGCACAGCCUCCUAAAGCAGAAGCCAGACUGGCAGUGGGACCGGGAGCAUGAAAAGGCCUUCCUGGCCCUGAAGCGAGCCCUGGUGUCCGCCCUCUGCCUGACGGCCCCCAACUCCCAGCUGCCCUUCCGCCUGGAGGUGAUGGUGAGCCAAGUGGCCCUGACAGCCAUCCUCCACCAGGAACACUCAGGGAGGAAGCACCCCAUCGCCUACACCUCGAAACCCCUCCUCCCCGACGAGGAGAGCGAGGGUCCCCAGUCAGGUGGAGACAGCCCCUAUGCGGUGGCCUGGGCCCUCAAGCAUUUCUCCUGCUGCAUUGGAGACACUCCAGUGGUCCUAGACCUUUGCUAUGCCUCCAGGACCACUGCAGACCCUGAGGCAAGGGAGGGCCGCAGGGUUUCCAAAGCAUGGUUGAUCCGAUGGUCCCUCUUGGUACAGGACAAAGGCAAGAGGGCCCUGGAAUUGACCCUUCUCCAGGGCCUGCUGAGGGAAAACCGGCUACUAAUGCCAGCUUCCUCAAUGCCCCGUUUCUUCCAGGUUCUGCCUCCGUUUUCUGACCUGUCCACUUUUGUCUGCAUCCACAUGUCUGGCUAUUGCUUUUACCGUGAGGAUGAGUGGUGUGCUGGCUUUGGUCUCUAUGUCCUGUCUCCUACCAGUGCCCCUGUCUCUCUGUCCUUCUCUUGCUCUCCUUACACACCGACCUAUGCCCACCUGGCAGCUGUGGCUUGUGGCCUGGAGCGCUUUGGCCAGUCCCAGCUCCCGGUGGUUUUCCUCACCCACUGCAACUGGAUCUUCAGCCUCCUUUGGGAGCUCCUGCCCCUCUGGAGGGCGCGGGGCUUCCUAUCCUCUGAUGGGGCUCCACUACCUCACCCAAGCCUGCUUUCCUACAUCAUAUCCCUCACUUCUGGUCUGUCAUCCGUUCCAUUUAUCUACCGAACCUCCUACCGGGGCUCUCUGUUUGCUGUGACAGUGGAUACCCUGGCCAAGCAGGGUGCCCAAGGGGCUGGGCAGUGGUGGAAUUUACCAAAGGAUGUGCCGGUCCCUGUAGUGACUCCCCAUACUACGGGCAAGAAGCCCAACUUGCUGGCAUUACAGUUGAGUGACAGCACCCUGGCUGAUAUCAUCGCCAAGCUGCAGGCUGGGCAGAAGUUAUCUGGCUCCUCCCCCUUCAGUUCUGCCUUUAACUCCCUCAGCCUUGACAAGGAGAGUGGUCUGCUGAUGUUCAAGGGAGAUAAAAAGCCCAGGGUCUGGGUAGUCCCAACACAACUCCGGAGGGAUCUGAUUUUCUCGGUGCAUGACAUCCCCAUGGGGGCCCACCAGAGGCCAGAAGAGACCUAUAAGAAGCUGAGGUUGCUGGGGUGGUGGCCUGGCAUGCAGGAGCAUGUGAGAGAUUACUGCAGGAGCUGUUUGUUCUGCAUCCCCCGCAAUCUUAUAGGCAGUGAGUUGAAGGUUAUUGAGUCACCUUGGCCCCUCAGGUCUACUGCCCCUUGGUCCAACCUGCAGAUAGAGGUGGUGGGUCCAGUAACUGUAAGCGAGGAGGGCCACAAGCAUGUGCUCAUUGUGGCUGACCCUAACACCAGGUGGGUAGAAGCGUUCCCACUGAGGCCCUACACGCAUGUGGCUGUGGCCCAGGUAUUGCUUCAGCACGUAUUUGCCAGGUGGGGUGUCCCUGUGAGGCUGGAGGCGGCCCAGGGCCCUCAGUUUGCCCGGCAUGUCCUGGUGAGCUGUGGGCUGGCCCUGGGAGCUCAGGUGACCACCCUGAGUAGGGACCUCCAGUUCCCCUGCCUGGCGAGCUCAGAGGUCUACUGGGAAUUCAAGAGGGCCCUGAAGGAGUUCAUCUUCCUACAUGGCAAGAAGUGGGCAGCCUCCCUGCCCUUGCUGCACCUGGCCUUCAGAACCUCCUCCUCAGAGGCCACGCCCUUCCAGGUCCUGACUGGGGGUGAGGUGAGGGUGAGUGAGCCCCUGUGGUGGGAGAUGAGCAGUGCCAACAUCGAAGGGCUUAAGAUGGAUAUCUUCCUGCUACAGCUGAUUAGGGAGCUGCUGGAUCUCCACUGCAGGGUGGCCGAAAAGGCAAGUGAGAAGGCUGACAACCGGCGUUUCAAACGGGAGAGCCAGGAGAAGGAGUGGAACGUGGGGGACCAGGUCCUCUUGCUGUCCCUCCCCAGGAAUGGCAGCAGUGCCAAAUGGGUGGGUCCUUUCUAUAUUGGGGACCGGCUGAGCCUGUCGCUCUAUAGAGUGUGGGGCUUCCCAACCCCAGAGAAGCUGGGAUGCAUCUAUCCCAGCAGUCUGAUGAAGGCCUUUGCCAAGAAUGGCACACCCCUGUCCUUCAAGGUCUUGGAGCAGUGAGCUGGAGCAGUUGUGGAGGCCCCUGCCCAGGAGUCCUGGGUUUCUGCUGCUAGGCCAUACCCCCCCCCCUUCAGCUGUGCUCGCGCCCUGAGGGGCUUCAGUUGUGCCUUUUGUAGAAAUGUUGCUUCAUAAAGCUUUGCUGAAUUGCCUUGAACUAGGGCUAGUGUCCCUAUGGAAGAACCCCCAAUUGGGGAUAUUCAGAAAAUUUGCCAAAGGCUGUUAAAUAUGGGCCUCUGGCACUUUUACAUUGGGGAGAAGAAAGUCCCCUUAUAAAAAGUAGGUCAGUUUGUCUUGUUCCUCAAGUAUCCUUUUCCCCCUAUAUACACAUGCAGGUGUAAAGACACCUGGCUGACUUAACGGUGAAACAGUGUGACUCUGGACCUCACAGUUGGAACCACAGUCCUCUCCCAAACAGAAACCUCAAAUUUGGGUGCCUUCCCUCAGUCUGUAUUUGGGAAGCCCUUGCCCUUGGGGUUGUUGCUGACAUAAACCCAUAUUGGCUGUGAGGAGGCAGCUGGCUCCUCAGCCUCAUGGUGAGUUUUGUAAGGCCAGGCUCAGCUUUACCCGCUGUUAAGGAAGGGCUGGCUCAGGGUAAGAAGAUGACCAGCCACGAGCCACCCAUUUGUCAAUGUGGGAAAGGCAGGAGGGGAUGAGUACCCUACCUCAUUUGACUCCAGCUGAUGGAGAUGACUCCUGCCCCUGCUUUGAUGGAGUUGACCCCACAGGAAUCAAGGAUCUUGAUGCCAAGUGUGGCAUCUCUACCUGAAGAGCUGCUUCUACUGGACCAAGGGGUCCCCAGCCUCUGUUUUGCAGGUCGGGUAGGGGAGGUGUCUGAAGUGAGCCGUCUGGCACACAGUCAGGUGCUGGCAUGACUUUACCUCCCAACACCAUUCCAAAGCCCAUUACCCUCCACUCCUGCCUUCACCGUAUCCUGAGACCCCACGUCGUGAGUGAUUGCCUUGUCUGGACACCCCACCCCCACCCUGUCCUCUGGAUCUGCCUUCUGUGUAGAGUCAAACCCAAGUUCCCAUUCUCGGCAAGCCUCACUCUUGCAGUUAGAGUGAGUUUCUCCCAGGUGGGUGUGCUUACACUCACCGCUCUGAAUGCUGCUGCUAUGAACAACCAGUCUUUGACCAAGGCCAGCACAGUGUCUCUGGCCGGGCCACUGAGUGGUUUCAUUUCUGAGGAAGUUGGGCCACACUUACUUCUGGCCUCUCUCAGGUUGCCCAAACACUUGGCAGAGUGCUAGAGUCAGAAGGGAACCUGCCAUUGAGUCCAGCCCACUUGUUUUUCAGUAAAGGGGCUCAGAGAAGGACAGUAAUUUGCCCACAGCUUGUCGGGGGCUGAGCUUGGACCAUGGUUAAGCUUCCUGACUCACAGUUCACUAUGAAAAGUGUUCUGGCAAUAGGUUCAAGCAAGAGAAUCCUUUGAAACCCUAGCCCACGUUCCCUCUAACUCCCCAUUUUCCAAACUUGUAUACAAACUACCUGAGUAUUAUCCUUAAGCCAAGUCCAGCUGUGAAUCCUAUCCAGGAUUAGUUGAUUGGGUGAAUGAUUUGGUGAUAGCUGAGAAACUGAAAGGUUAGCUGCAGAAUUUUUAGUAGAUACCUCGCCUCCACCCUUGUGCCUUCUCUUUCCUCUAAUACUGUGUCCAACCUCACCCUACCCUCCCAGCUGUAUACGUUUCUGUUAACUGCAUUUUUAUCUUAUAUCCUUUUUCAUGAAUUUUUUUUCCAUUUGUCAAUAAACAUUAAACUGGAGCCCAA